UUGUCACUUCAGUUUCGUGAUAUUGCCACCAUUGUCAUGGAAAACACCAUUAAUCCUGACACGAAACGCCCUUACUCGAUAACUAUGAUCGAACGUUUGAUGCAUGACAUCCAUUUUGCUGUUGAUCCUUAUAACAGUUCCAAAAAGCAGGCACUAGAUGUUAUUCACCGGCUUGUAAAGAAAUUUCCCAUCAAAAGAUCUCCAAUGAGACUUCGACUUACUGUUGGUGAGAAGAAUUUUUCCACUAUAUUGGAGAAGCUAGGCACUUGGAAUGGUGAGAUUGUGACUAUGGAUGAAUCUGGAACUCAAUUUUCAGUUGAUGACCAGAAGAUGGCAGCAAGGUUGGCUAACACAAUGUGCAAUUCACUUAAAGGAAGACCUGCCCUGGGUCGUAUUUUCCAAGGAAAGGAGCCACCUCAAUUUGUUGCUAUAUUUCAGCCUAUGGUUGUGCUAAAGGUACUUGCAGGGAUCGAGUCGAUUGGAAUUAGAAAGUCAACACGGCCUUAAUUAAGGUUUGUAAUGCAUGAUCUAAAGGGAGCUAAGUGGCCGGAUUAGAGAAAUUUGUUAGAUUAGCUCUCUAGCC